AUGAAACCAAGAAUCUUUCUCACCUGCCUGGCAGCUUUCUACUGUUUGAGUGGUUGUCUGGCCUCAGAGCUGUCUUUCCUGCUGGAGCCCAGUGAUGUGAUUGCGGUAAGGGAACGCCCGCUCAUGCUGGACUGUCGGGUGCAGGGUGAGGAACCGAUCAUGGUUACGUGGCGUAAAAACGGGCUGCCUUUACCCACCAGUCCGCGGAUUUGGGUUCUGGCGAAUGGCACGCUGUUUAUCCAGAGCUUCCAGAAACGCAGAGAUGGGAGUGAUGCGGAUAUGGGCGAGUACGACUGUGCUGCCCAAAAUCGCUAUGGAAUGCUGAUCAGUCGCAAGGCUAAAGUUCUUUUGGCAUCGCUUCCUAAGUUCCACACCCACCCAGUGUCCAUGUCUGUGGAUGAGGGAGGUGUUGCUCGCUUCCAGUGUCAGAUCAAUGGAGUACCUGAGGCCAACAUCACCUGGGAGAGAAACAGAGUAACACUCAACACCACCGACAACAGCUACUUCCAGCGCUCUCCUCCUGAGUUUCUACAGUGGCCGCAGUCUGUGUCCAAACCAGCAGGGGGUAGUGCUGUAUUCACCUGUGUGGCCCAGGGUGUCCCUGAGCCUCACCUUAUCUGGCUGAAGAACGGCAAGGUCCUGAUACCCGGACACAACGUCAAGCUGACCAAUAACAACAGCACUCUGGCUCUAACCCGUAUCAGCUCAGAGGAUGAGGCCAUCUACCAGUGCAUUGCAGAGAACAGUGCCGGAACCAACCAGGCCAGUGCCCGUUUGGCAGUGGCACAAGCUAAAGACCUGCCUGGGCCCCCCCAGGACCUCACAGCAAGUAUAUUGUCUACCAAUGCCCUGCAGGUCACAUGGAGCCAGCCACCGGCCAACAUCACUGACAGCAUCAUUGGAUAUGUCCUGCACAUCCGCAAGAUAGGAGAGCCCGACAGUCUGGAGCUACAGGAAGCUAUCAGUAAAGACACCUUCCAGCAUGAUGUGACCAACCUGGAACCAGCAACCACCUACUCCCUCUACCUGAAGGCCUACUCUCCUUUGGGAGCCAGUCAGCAGUCCCGCACUGUGGUGGCUACAACACUAGGUGGCGUGCCAACCCCUCCCAUGUUCUUCACCAAGUUGGUGAACUCCAGCACUGUGCAGGUCCUCUGGGAGCUCCCCAAUAAGGCCGGCAUGGCCGAGGGCUUCAGACUGUCCUACCGCAGGGUCCCCCACGCUGUCUUCCAGGGACCAAUCCAGCUGCCCUGUCACAUCAAUGCCCACACCAUCUCUAAGCUGGAACCGGGUGGAGUGUAUGAAGUCAAACUGUUGGCCUACAAUGGAAACGGGGAGAGUGACUGCUCCAAGAGACUGGUGUCACUGGCAGAGGAAGGCAUGAGUGACCAAAGCACUGGAGGGAGCAGUCUGUGUCAGUGCAGGGAUGGAGAAGCCUCUCUGGGCAGCAUUGUCAUUGGCAUCCAUAUUGGCACAGCCUGUAUAAUCUUCUGUGUGCUCUUCCUUAUGUUUGGAUACCGUCGCAGUCUGUUUUGCAGUAAAGGGACUCAGGACAACUGGUCUGUACCGAGGGACAACACAGGACACAAUGGCAUCCAUAAAGAUGGAGCAAACCGCCAAACAGUGGAGUCAGUGCCUCAGGUGGUCUGUCCAGGGCAGUGCCAGGUUGUCAUUGAGCAGCAUUUGUCAGGUUUGCUUGGCACGGACACUGGCUAACACUGGUCAAUAACAUAAACACCCACAUCCCUCCACUAGUCUCUUUCUCACUUAGGAAUCCCACGCCUCCAAUCAAUGAGGUCCUUCUGUGGCCUUUAAAAGGGGUCAGUCAUAGGUUUAGUUUCCUCAAAAACUGCUGCUAAUAACCUCAAAGUAGCCCCACAAAACUGCGACAGAAUGCUUAUAGAACAUUUUUUGCCACCCCAACCCUAUCCUCCACCCCUACCUCAAACCAAAGCCUAUUGCCUUUAUUGCCUGUGCACAUGCACCUGUAGGAAAAUCUUUCAAACAGCAUUACAUCUCCAGAUUAGGUCCUGUCACAUUCUUUUUGUGUGCGCACCUCAUACACUCAUGUCACUUUUCCAGUGAGAGUCUGUUCCAUAACCAAAAUAUUCUAUUCCUCAGAUCUCCUCUGUUAAGCUGACAUGUGAAAAUGUGCACUACAGUCUUGUGUGCCCCCAAAAUUAAGCCAAAUAUUCUCACCUGACUGAGACUUUCCAGUCAGUCUGUUGUGUCAGAACUCUUGACUUGCCUUCAAUUCCUCUGCAAUAAGAAAGGAAAGAAACAUAGCGGCCUUUGUGAAUGAGAUUCUGAUUAGAAAUGAUUGUCUAUCACCACACAAGCCAUUUAGAAGA